GGGCAGAUUGAUGGCCUUGAGCUUAUAGCCUUUAAGAAUUUUACAUCCCGUGCUGUGAUGGAGGCAGUCGGGUCAUGCCUCACAAACAAGUAUUUCGAAGGACUACUUCGUAAAAGAUACUAUGGUGGCAAUGAGUACAUUGAUGAACUUAAAAUGCUUUGCCAGAAGAGGGCUUUGGCAGCAUUUCAUUUGGAUGAAAAGAAAUGGGGCAUUAAUGUUCAAUCGUUGCCUGGUUCUCUGGCAAACUUUGAGGAUCUGGACUUACCUCAUGGAGGACAUUUGUCACAUGGAUUUAUGACACCUAAAAGAUGAGUAUCUGACACAUCAAUCUAUUUCGAGUCAAUGCCUUAUCGACUUGAUGAAUCCACAGAUUGCAUAUUCCACUGCUGAGGUUGACAUAGUAAAAAUUUGUCAGUGAAGAAUUAUUGGAUUCGAUGAACCCUUGGUUAGUAUGUUUGGAUUAAUUGAAGGUCUUCCAGAAGCUGUUGCCCUUAGAUGCCUAGCACGAGCUUCCUUCUACCUAUAUCCUAAGUUGGAGCUUGUUUCCUGUUCAUGGAGAGCUGCCAUUCGUGGCUCUGAGCUGUUCAAAACUCGGCAGGAGGUUGGCUCAGUAGAGGAACGUCUUUGUGUGUGUGCAUACAAUCCUUGUUUCUAGUAUAAUUUGGAUAAUAUUAUUAAUUUCUAGUAUUAAUUAUGGUUUGGAAACUAAUUUAUAAUUAUUUAAUCCUUUUUUAUAACAUAAUUAGAAAUAAUUUAUUUGACUUUGGUUGUUUUCAA